AUGGCAGGGCCUGGCCGUCGUCGAGACGCGCCUGCCGGCCAAAAACAAGGCGUCUGCUACCACUUCCGCAGCGGGAAGUGCAGCUACGGUGCGAGGUGCAAGUAUUCUCACGAAACCCUCACCAACGGAUCACCAGAGGGGUCGGGGGCAGUUCGAUCCCGUGCACCUCCCAAGGAUCCUGCCUACAGGCAGGCUCAGGACGAUUUGCACCGUUUCAAGCAGCUUCUCCAGCAAUCCCCCUCUACCCACGGCCGCCUCGCCUCAGACAUUGGCCCAGACUUCUUCCAGACAGCUCGCAAAAUUCUCGAUGGAGAUCUUGGUGCAGCUCAGGAGAUUGUCAAGCUCCUCGCCCAAGACGAUGGCCUUGCCUUCGUCAGAUAUCUCGCCAAGAAUAUCAUCCCAAAUUCUCGAGCACACGGCACGCAUCUGCAACUAUGGCAGACGCAGCUGAAGCCCUUCUUCGAGACCGUCACUCACGAGCGGAUUGUCGAGUCGGCCGUGCUGGAACAACAGCUGGCUACCAUCUACAACUUCAUGAUGGGCGUCAAUGGCGACCGUGCCCGCCUGCUGCUGGGCUUUGCCACCGACUUGCUUUCCCAAGUCUCAGCAGAGCAACAGAUCGAGAUCACAAAACUGUCGCUGGCAGUGGUAUACAGAAUGAUCGACUGCAACACCAAUAACAUCGUUGCCGGAGUCUUUGACCCAGUCGUGAAAGUCCUCGCGGCAACGAUCCACACCCUAAUAGACAUCUCGCAACACGACAGGCUCCAGAUGGGCCAUCAUCUCGAGUAUCUCAAUCGCCGCCUCGAGAUAGGCGCGGCACUGCCUUUCACAGCAUCCCAGAAGCAAGCCACUACGCAGCAGGCUACUUUUCAGCUGGACCAAGAUCUCCCUGGUCAACUGUCGAAAGAUGGUCCACGUCAUGACAACGAUCAUGCCGACAUUGGCGAUAUCAACAUUCUUCCGACCUAUGACGAGAUCAUGUCUGUUCGCCCUGAGUAUCUGCCUACCAAUGACACUUCCUUGUUCCAUAAGCCUGGCAUCAUGGGCCGAAUCGACCGAGAGUUUCGACUUCUCCGCGAGGACACUGUGGGACAGCUCCGCGAUGCUGUAAGAAGGCAGAUCGAUGCUAUGAAAACGCCACAGCAUCAACGCCGUCAGGCUCAGAGAGACAACACAUUACGCACAUAUGUUUAUGAUGGCGCGCAAGUGAUGAGCCUGCAAAUCGAGCGGCCUCAUGGGCUUUCGAUUGACGUGCGCUUCAAACAACCAGCUCCAGGCGCUGAGCGGAAGCAUCGUCAAGAAUGGUGGGAAAAUUCAAGACGGCUACAACCAGGCGGUCUAGUCUGUGUCACAUCCAGCAGAAACACGGCAUUCUUCGCAGUGGUUUCUGAGCAGCCCAACAAACCCGCAACCCAGCAAGGUCAAACGGCCAGCGGCCAGCGCGAAGAAGACAAGCCAACACUGUUUGGUGAAAGAGAUCAUGCAUUCGUUAGCCUCAAUCUCGCCGAAGAGAGUCGCGAUGCUGUAUAUCAGCUGUUGAGGUGGUCUUCGCGCCCCGAAGCGAUCACGAACCGAGCCGACUGGUUUCUGGUCGAGUUCCCAGGCGUCUUGCUGCCAUCUUUCCGAUACACGCUCGAGGCUUUGCAGUUGCUCUCAGCCAAGCCGAAUCUGCCCUUUGCGGAGCUGCUGGCCCCUGCCAAGCCAGGAUCGCAACCUGACACCACUACAGGCCUCACUACAGUCCAGCCCCCGAGGUACGCAACGAAGCCAGGUUUCGUCUUUGACUUAGCCUGCCUGUCCCAGGAUUUCACCCCUCUGCAGACUUCUUUACAGAAUCCUCUGGACCCCGCGAAGCUAUCUGAGCAUUCUGCGCUCGACCCAACGCAAGCAUCUGCUCUUCUGUCAGCUCUCAGCAGGAGCUUGGCAUUGAUACAAGGCCCCCCAGGUACGGGCAAAAGCUAUACUGGAGAAAAGAUUAUCAAAGUCCUGCUGGCCAAUAAGGGGGCAGCUAAGCUUGGGCCAAUAUUGUGUGUGUGCUACACCAACCAUGCACUUGAUCAAUUGCUGGAGCAUCUGUUGGACAGCGGCGUUGAGCGUAUCAUUCGCAUCGGCUCAAGGUCCAAAUCAGAGCGACUUGAACAGCUCAACCUGAGGGUCGUUGUACAAAUACAGAACCGCACUAAAGCUGAGAAAAGCGCUCUCUACAAUUUCCACAGUGAUCUCGACUCACAGGCUGAGUUUCUCAAUCAGACUCUGGCACAGCUCGCCGCCCUCGACCGCAAUUCAGCUUUGGAGGAAUAUCUCGCCGUCCACCAUGUGGAACACCAUUCGCACCUGUUUGGUAAGAUCAUUGACGAGGAGGGAUUCCAAAAGGUUGUCAAUGACCCAACGCAACGCUUCAAGCGUUGGAUCCGGGGUGGGCAUCCAGCCUCAGAUAUGCUUCGCUCUCCAAGUCAGUUAGAGUCAGCUCCAUUGGAAACCAUGUCAGCCGGCGAAAGACAGCGCCUCUAUCAACACUGGAACCGCCAGAUGCGCGCGCCUCUGGUUACACAAAUCCAAAAGUCGUAUGCAAAGUUCUUGAGCACUUCCCAAGAGCGGAGCAAGACCAUGAAGGACGUGGACCUGCGUUGCCUCAACAAAGCAGACGUUGUUGGCAUCACGACGACAGGUCUUGCCCGAAACAUUUCCUUGUUGCAACGCCUUCAUUCGAAAGUACUGAUGUGCGAGGAAGCUGGCGAAGUGCUUGAAGCGCACACCAUCACUGCCCUGCUACCGACCGUGGAACAUGCGAUUCUCAUCGGCGAUCACCUGCAACUACCUCCUCAGACUCAGAACUAUGAGCUGCAAAGCACGCACCCACGCGGUGCUCGAUAUUCUUUGGAUGUGUCGUUAUUCGAGCGGCUCAUCAAACCUCCGUUCCAUGACGAUCCCCGCUUGCCUUUCUGCACUUUAGAGACACAGAGAAGAAUGCACCCAUCAGUCUCACAACUUAUCCGCUCGACGUUGUAUCCAAGACUUGUUGACGGUGGAGCUGUCACCGAGUACCCAGAAGUGGUCGGUAUGCGAAAGCGUCUGUUCUGGUUUGACCACUGCCAGCCAGAAGACCAAGCUAGGGACAGCGCAGUACUUGCAACCUCACGCACAAAUCAAUUCGAGAUUGAGAUGACGAUCAGGCUUGUCCAACACCUUGUCCGGCAGGGCGAAUAUGGUCCAGAGGACAUCGCUGUCAUAACGCCAUACCUCGGUCAGCUGCAGCGACUCCGGAAGCAAAUGUCGAAAAUCUUCGAAAUCGCUGUCGGCGAUCGUGAUUUGGAGGAGCUGACGGCCAUGGAUGCAGAUCAUUCAGAGAAUGGUACUGUUGUCAAGCGCUCGGCUCUUCCAGCACCGGUCAGCAAAACGACAGUCCUCAAAAGCAUCCGUCUGGCAACCGUCGACAAUUUUCAGGGCGAAGAGGCCAAGAUUGUUGUCAUAUCACUUGUUCGCAGCAAUGCUGAAAACAGAUGCGGUUUCCUCAAGACCUCAAAUCGCAUCAACGUCCUGCUGUCAAGAGCCAAACAUGGCAUGUAUGUCAUCGGGAACUCAUCCACCUAUGGCGGUGUACAGAUGUGGUCAGAAGUUCUUGACAUCUUGCGAGGAGGCGGCAAUUUCGGGCAAAGCCUCGAUCUUUGUUGCCCGCGCCACCCAGAGACUCCUAUUGUUGUUUCAGAGCCUGAUCAUUUCCUCCAAUUCGCGCCUGAGGGUGGAUGUCUGAUACCUUGCGACCGCCGCCUCGCUUGUGGCCACGCAUGUAUCGCGCGUUGCCAUGCUCAAGUGCUACACGAUGCUGUCAAGUGCUUGGAGCCUUGCCCGCGACCCAGGAAGGACUGUACCCACGCUUGUCCUCUGGUGUGUGGUAACCAAUGUCCAGCCAAGUGCUCAGUCAGACUGAUAGGCACAACUCUCACGCUUCCGUGCGGCCACAACUUCAGCUCGCCACUAUGCUGGCAGAUUCGCGAGGUUGAGUCGAUUCGAUGUAACGAGCCCGUCAGACACACCAUCUCUGGAUGCGAACACGAGAUAGUCGAGCCUUGUCACGUCAAUGUUCUAUCGCCAAAGUUUCAGUGUCCCAAGAGUUGCGGUGGUCUUCUGGCUUGCGGGCAUAGCUGCAAGAAGCCGUGUUCUCAGUGCAGAACACGCGCAGAAGGUGUGGCAUCUGACGCCAACCACGGAGAAUGCCUACAACGAUGCGGUCGAGACUUUACAACUUGUCGACAUAGAUGCUCUGUCAGAUGCCAUGGCGACCUGCCCUGUCCGCCGUGCGAAUCGCCAUGCGACGUCAAAUGCAGUCACUCCCGAUGCGACAAGAAAUGCCAUGAGCCAUGUGCUCCUUGUGCGGAGCAAAGGUGUGCAUCUCAUUGCCCACACGUGAGUUGCUCUAUGCCUUGCGCCGCUCCAUGCGAUUGGGUACCCUGCACGAAACGCUGCACUUCCUUGCUCGAAUGUGGUCAUCAAUGUCCCUCACUUUGCGGCGAGAUCUGUCCAGACUCGAAAUUUUGCCAAGAGUGCGGCAACGAUGAUGUCAAGCAAACCAUUGUCGAUUUCAUCAUGGGAUUGCGAUACGAGGAGAUCUCUCUCGAUGAAGACCCCUGCAUCUUCCCGGAUUGUGGACAUUUUAUCACAAGCAGCAACAUGGACGGGGUAAUGGAUAUGGGCGACCACUAUCAACUCGAUUCUAAUGGCAUCCCUAUUGCUUUGGCUGGACAAUCGGUCCCAUUCACCAUGGAUGGGACUAAGGUCAAGGUGUGCCCUCAUUGCCGUGGGAGUCUCCGCAACAUUGCUCGCUAUGGUCGCAUCGUACGACGUGCCCUUCUAGACGAGUCCACAAAGAAGUUCAUUCUCUGGUCGAACAGCCGAUGCACGGAGCUGGGACACGAACUCGUCAACAAACUGGAAGACUUGUCACGUGCUACUGAGCCUUGGAAAGCCGCCCAGAGUCUGCCUCAAGCGCCAUCUAACAGACCUUCAUUGCCCAAGGAUCGCUUGGAGCUAUUUUGCAAGAUGAACGCGCUGGUCGGUGGCGGUCGUUAUACACAGCUGAUCCGUCUUUGGCAAGAGAUCCAGCGGUUCGCGGAUCUUGCAUCUAUUGGCGAGCAGCCAUUCUCCAAGGUUGCCAAUUUUGUCCGCUUUGCGUCCCGGUCAAGGGCUCUAGAUUUUGACGAAUCUGUUCUGCAGGUCAAGAGCAUUUUGCAAGCGACAUGCUUACAGCUGAAGUGCGAGCUGGCCAUACUCCUCGACUUCGUUCGCUUGCGCAAAGAUUUGGCUCAUCUUCAUUCUUGCCGAAUUUCGGACGUCUCGAGGCAGUUGCAAGAAUGCAGUGGCUUGAUCGCCGUUGCUGAAGAACGCGGUUAUUCCAGGGAGCUUCUGGAAGGCCACUUGUUCUGCGCCAAGUUCUGCAUUGUCCAGAGAGGCAUCUUGGCGCAAAUGUCAGAUCACGAUGAUGGCCCAGUGGUGCAAGCCACAAGCGUGGAAGAACAAGUGCAUGCCAUGGGAGACAAAGCUCGAGAGCACAUCACUCAGGCUGAUGCUCUAGUCAAGAAGCUACCAUCCCUGGCAGUCUUCAAAUCAGAGGUCGAUGCAACUCUCCUCAUGCUCAACAAUGGCACAUUUUACUCUGUUGUCAGCAAGGACGAGUUGCGUGCAGUCUAUGCCGCCAUGGCAACUGAAUUUCGUGGCACCGGGCACUGGUAUAACUGCGUCAACGGCCACCCCUUCACUGUCGGGGAAUGCGGCAUGCCGAUGGAGGAAGCCAGAUGCCCAGAGUGCGGCCAAGGUGUUGGCGGCAGGAACCACGUCCCGACCGCAGGCGUGGCAGCGGCCGCGCAGAUGGAUGAGCUCGCACGCGAUCUUGGUGGAGUCGCCUUGUGA